AAGAAGAGCAUAUUCUUGCUGCCAUUUGGAGCUCUAGAAAGCUCCAGUUCCUACCCCCCCACCCCCCAAAUGGGGUUGGAAAAGUCUGAUCUGAACUUGACUGUGCAAGUACUGGUUCAGACUCUCUCCGAACCCCUCUGAUUUGGGUAAAAUUGGACUAGGUCCAGUUUUACUGAUCCGAUUUUGCCCAGGCCUAUGGGGACUGCCUUCCAAAUUCCAUCCAGGCCCAGUCCUCUUGAGGCAGGCAUUAGCAGUGGGCCCCACCGGGAUGCGGAGGCCCAGACAGCUGCCUAAGCAUGCGGCCUGUUGGUGCCAGUCUGCUUCAUGACCCCCUCCUUGAUGUCGCACAUAACUGCGAGAAGAGAAAGCCGCCAUUCCGAUGCUGCCUUCUGCAGACUGCCGAGUUUGCUAGGGUGAUUUCUGCGCUGGGGACGCCACUUGCUUAUUUUUGUUUGGCUUUGUUUGCUGUAGCUUGCAAGGCCCUUGCCGAAGAGCUGGCCUACGACAUUAAGAAAAUAGGUCCCAAGAGGACUGUGAAUUCAGGGACGUUUCGAAUCAACCCGGAUGGCACACGAGGGAAGAAAAAGGUACCUUUUGCAAAGUCAGAGACCUUCUUAACGGAUGUUUUGGAAAAGAUCUGUGAUCGGAUGAAUGAUUACCAACUUCAAGAUGAUCCAGUAACACAGAAAAAGAUAUUCAAGAGAUAUGCUCCUAGGAAGGAUGAGCCGAUAUAUGCAGAAUAUAAAAAAUACUUUUUUUAUUCUGAUGCUUAUAAGCCCUUGAAAUAUGCGUGUGAAACUAUCAUAGAACAGUAUGAAGAUGAAAUAUUCUCACUUAUCGCCCAGGAGGCAGACUUUCUGGCUGACAAGCUGUGCAUUGAAAAAUCAGGUCUUUGUCCAAAGCCUGAUGCACACGGUGAGCUCUAGGAGAACAGUCAUCUGCUAAUAUUACAGCUGAAGAACAUCUAUGGAAAUAUCCCCACAGUCUGUGCCUUGCAUAAACGUUUAUCUUUGCUUGCUUUUUAAAAAAUGUAUCCACCUAAAAACUGUCUGUGAUUUUUUCUUUUUCUUUGGCAGACUGAUAUAUUAAAUUGCCACUACUCCACACCAUUUGUUGAGGACACUGGACUGGAACUUCCUUAACUAGAAUGGUCAGAGGUGAAACUCCUUCCCAUUAUGAGGUUGUUGCAUCCUAAACUAAUUUCUGAGAAACCCAGGGCCUGUUUGUAAGAGGGUUUGCAAGUCUGGUCAGCAGGAUAUUGCCUAUUGAUUAGCAAAAUAUAUAGAGGAUUGGCGAUGCUUAGACGUUAUGGUAACUGUGUGGUGUCAUUCUGUCGUUUUAGCUAAUGACCGAUUUCCAAGGACUUGGAAUAUGUAUAAACCAGCCUUAAAAUAAGAGAAUGUUCAAAGAGUAGUCAUCUUUGGUGACUAUGCAGUGGUGUGGUCACACCAAAGAGUGGGGCCACACCUGUGUAAGUGAAUGCUGAACCACUCCCUUUAGCUGUAAACAAGCCCCAUGGCAGAAAGCAGAGGUUUUACAAACCUGUACACUAUCUUUUAGAAAUGAUGUGACUUAGAGGGACUCAUUUGGUUUAGGAGCAAACCACUGCCUUAGCAUUUUCAGACCUGAAUGUCAGAAUGUCAGAAGAGAGACGUGUAGCAAAAAGUCAAUCAAAAAGCUGACUAUCUCAUCCAGUGGGAAAACCUACCUGGGCCAUAUGGCAGCUGCGAUCAAAACAAACAAAAAGGUGGAAUCUUAUUUAACAUGCUUACUGUAAUAAAUUGCAAUCAGAUUGUAAGUAAGCUGGUUGAAUGAGGAAAUGUCAGAACACCCCUGAUGCUCCUUGCACCAGUAAACCGUGUCUAAUAAUUUGCUUUGACUGGGAGGUAUUUUAUUACCAACAUGCAAUGUAUUUGUUUGUCAUUUUCAACACUUUAUAAUAAAAAAAGCUCUCUCUCA